GUCAACAAUUCCCUCUACGGCCGGUGCAGCGCCUGUCUUUGGUGGCAUUCAGAAGGGGAAAGUCUCCCUGAUGGUAGUAUCAAAAUCCUAUAUAGUGGCUGGCAUAUGCAAGUGAAAUAAAGACCGGUAACUCUGAUUAGAUCUGCCUGUCUGUGCGCUGCUCGCGAUGGAUCACACUCUCCACGAUGGUUCGAACCAUCUACAUCCCAUACACCACUACCAUCAUCAAGCGCGGACGGACAGAAUGAGCCCGCUUUCUUUCAAUGAAGCCACCAGCACGGCGGUCGAAGCGACUGAAUUAAGACACCAACAGCCACACAGCUAUGUUGGCAGUGAUGAGGAAUCCCAGCCACCCCCUCGGUACACGCGGGAGAAUGACCCAUUGCAUCUGUCGUCCAAAUUGAAGUCACCCGAGGAGAUCAACCAGAUCCAGGCCAACACUUCUCGAAAGCGAAGCAGUAUCACGCGGUCCAUCAUCAAGGAUAACCAGACUGGCUGCUCGAAGAGACUGCAAGGGUUCUACCAUGAGCAGAAUGAGAACAUCCACCGCAUGCUGAAACCUGUGGAAGAGCACGUCCGCGCAGCUAAGGAACUUAACGAUAACAACCAGCUGAAGUACAGGAUCGCAGUAUAUGGCAGCUUCGCCGCCAAUGUGAUCCUGGCCAUUCUACAGAUCUACGGUGCCAUCUCCUCUGGAUCUCUCUCCCUGUUCACUACCAUGGCAGACGCCAUCUUUGACCCCAUGUCCAACCUGACCCUCCUCCUGUGCAAUAAGGCCGUCAACCGCGUCGACCCCCGCAAGUUCCCCGCGGGGAAGGCCCGAAUCGAAACAGCCGGCAACAUCUGCUUCUGUUUCCUCAUGACCUCCGUCUCGUUCAUCCUCAUCGCCUUCUCAGCCAGAGAGCUAGUCGACGGCAGUGACUCCGAGACCAACAAGUUCCACGUCCCCUCGAUCGUAGCCGUGGUCAUCGCCUUCUGCACCAAAUUAGCUCUCUUCAUCUACUGCUUCGCUAUGAGGAACCAGGUCUCGCAGAUCCGCAUCCUCUGGGAGGACCACCGCAAUGACCUCCUCAUCAAUGGAUUCGGUAUCCUAACUUCCGUCGGCGGCAGUAAGCUCCGCUGGUGGAUCGAUCCCAUGGGCGCCAUUAUCCUGUCUGUUCUUAUAAGUUGUCUGUGGCUUUAUACGGCCUACAACGAAUUCCACCUGCUUAUUGGCGUCACGGCAGAUAUCAAGAUGCAACAACUCAUUACGUACAUUUCAAUGACCCAUUCCCCAUUCAUAACAGCCAUUGACACAGUCCGCGCCUACACCUCCGGUCCCCGUCUCGUAGUCGAGGUCGACAUCGUCAUGGACCGCAACGACUCCCUGCAGGCCACCCACGACGUUGCCGAGGAGCUGCAGAUGAAACUUGAGUCCCUGCCGGAUGUGGAACGGGCCUACGUGCAUGUUGAUUAUGAGACGACGCAUAAGCCGGAGCAUUUUCUGAAGAAGGAGUUGUGAUUUCCCCUUCUUCCCAUUGUUUGGUUGUAGUUUUCAGGGAAUCAAUUUCCUGCUGAUGUUAUACAUGGGCGGCUGUGGUAAGGUAUGGCUCGAUUGCUUAAAAUCAGAAUGUCUUUGGUUUACUUGAUAUUGCUGCGUUGAGGAUAGGAAGUAGAGGAGGAUGAAGUAGAAUGAAUGGACUAUCGUAAAUAGAUAUUCUUGCAAUUGAAUGAUACGAAACUAC